AUGGCGGCUGAAGCGAAUGUCCGUGUCGCUGUAGCAGUGAGACCGUUAAGCGAGAACGAACAGGAAAAUGGCGACGAAUGUGUGGUAUGGACGCAAAACGACGAAAUUCGGGUGCUCAAUCCAGAUAGUGGCCAUGAGAAACUAUUUAAAUUUGAUUAUACGGUGAGUCCCACAUAGUCCAAUUUAGUGAAUUACAUUUCAGUUGUCACAAACAUGUCACCUGCGUUCCUUGUGCAAGUUGGAUAUUGAAUGUUCGCCUUGUGUAUUGAUCGCUUGCUGUGAAUGCUACUGUUAUUAUUUUGAAUAAAAUAUUUGGUUUUGGAUUAGGUAACUUACUUUUGGAGCCAUUAGCCAGAUUGGUAAUUUUAUCGACUAAUUAUUCAAAUGGUAAUCUUGCCUUCUGUAGUUUUGUAAUUUGCCGACAGAGCUCGCCGAACCACAGGAGAAGGUAAGAUUAAAACUAAUUUCUUUAAGCUUUUUAAUAUUAAAUCUUGAGUUCCUUCAAUGCAGACAAUACAAUAACAAUAACAUCACGCGCAAUCGAGAAACGUUCGAGGUUUCGUAGUAUUUUCCCGGUUUUUAUUGUGGUUUGAUUCUAUAAAUAAAUUUAUCGAUCAAUUUGGUUAGUUGCUCUGGAGGCAAAUUGAACCAAACGGUUGUAAACCUGAUCUUAUCGUCGUCCAAUGAUCCGUGAAUGAUUAUUCGUCUGCGAACUAAAGUGGUUUAAUCUUUUGAAGUAAAUGUAUUUUCGCUUCAUAUUUCUUCAUUUAAGUUUGCAUGGUUAUAAAGGUGCGACCGGAAAAGACAGUUUUUCUUCGAAAUGGGAGAUGUUUUCGGGCCGGAUGAGGAAGGUUUUUUGUUUAUCCUAUUCCACUGAUGAGGUGGGCAAGUUUUCGAACACUUCAUCAACUCCACGAAAUAUUUUUAUGCCGAAGAAAUCGCCUAAAAAAACGACGCUAGUACUGUAUGUGAUGUAACCUUGUUACUUUUUGACACGCCGAAGUGUUCGUGUUCAGUUAUCUGCGGCAGAAUACACGUUCAGCCAUCAUUUAUUAUAACAAAAAUAAUAGUGUUUACCUUUUGUUUCAGAACUUAAUUAUAGGUCCUCCUCACUUUUUGAGAAUAUCGAUAUUUGCGUAGAUAUUGAGCGCUCUAUUUGCUGAGACUCAAUUUAUGACAGCUUUUAAUUGUAAUGUUUAACCACUUCCUCUGUGUCAAAAAGGUGAAGUUAAGGUUGCAAAAACUCUCACAUAGGCAAUUGUAAUUACAUUAACACAUUCAGUAUGAUAUUUUCGACUUUCCUUCAAGCUGAAGAACACUCAAAAGAAAAUAGCCUCAAGUACCCAUUGAAACACUCCCACGUCAGUGGAAAUUAAUGUUUGAACAUCUGAACUUAAAUUUCUACCCAUGGAGAAAUGAAAAUUACUUGUAAUUAUUUUGUCCACCAGAUCAAGCUCAUUCGCAUAGACCUGAUGAAUCAUGCACAAUAUAGUUUGCCUUAGGCAAUAGUGUAAAUGAUAAGCAAUCGAUUUGUGAGAUAAUGUUUGGCUCAUCACAGACUAAACUUAGCUGAUGUUUUACCAUUUGACCACUGAUGUUCCAGUUGAGAUGUCUGCCAACUGUGCAAAAGGCCCCUAUUCAUCAUAAUCAGAUAACAAUCAGCAUAUUGUUAGCUGGCUGUUAGCCAACCAUUGACAAAUUAUAAUUUAACUUUAAAACCCAUUGCUGAAAAUCCAAUUGACAAGGGUACCUAGAGUACUCAGGAGCUAAUGAAAUGGACAUGUAAGCGAAGUGUUAUAUACUGGCAUUUGUUGACCCGACAGUCAGUAUAAAUCGAGGCACAAAUAACAGCCCUUAUAGACAAAAAUUUAUUGCAGUACACCAAUUUUUCUGGAUUAGACAUAUUUUCCUAGUCUUUAUUCAGUCAUAAAUGGUGAUCAGAAGUCCAAAUAAACAUCUAAUUGGAAGUCCUGAAUGCUUUCUUGUCCACAGACAGAUAAAUUAUUCUACAAUGUGAACGCAGAUUUAUCUUUGUUUUAAUUUGGGUUUAAGUUUAUUUUUCUAUUAUCUUUCACAAAGUAUUUGUGGAUUCCUUUCAUAUCUAAUAACCCUCACAGACAGGUGAUAUGCCAGCUGUAUCACCCAACUAAAUUGAUAAAACCAGUGCUUGCUUCCAAUUAUUAUGGUAGAGGAAUGAAUUUCCUAGCCUGGCAUUGUUUGUCAGGUGAGGUUAUUGUGGCAUGUUUUGCCUCUUUACUUCAAUGGUUUGUCUCUAGGUUCACAAUUUUUCUUGCUACAACAGGAAAAAAAAAAGACUCAAAUUCCAAUUCAGACAAGAGACAAUGAUAGACCAAGGGCCACCUCAUGAAUUAUAGAAACUUGUUUUAGCCUUGAACCAUCCUUAAGGUGACCCCUUGUCCACUGUUUUCUGGUUGAAUUGUAGUUUUUUUUUAGUGUUUUCUGUUAAGGGGAUAAAAUAGUGAACCUAGAGAAAAACUCCUGGAAUAAGGUAGACAAGAAUCAUACAGCAACAUCAAUACUGAUCAAAAUGCAAUGUCAGGUUGGGAAAUUCAUCCCUUGAACUUAAACCCCUAAGAGUGACUAGUCUCCAAUUUCUCUAUACAUUAUCACUGCUGAAUCUAACAUAAAGGUUAUAAGAAUACAGAAAAUGGUCACCCCACACUCUAAAAGCUCUUGAUUGUUAAACAAAUUCUCCAUGUCAAUACCAUGAGAAAUUUAACAGUAUGAGAACAGUAUGGAGAAUGUGCUUAGUGACGCUAGGGUGUAAAGAGUUAAACACAGCAGGAAGCACUAUUCUUGCCUCUGUACCAUCCUGCUCAAUCCCUGAGGUGAUAUGUGUGGAAUUCUAGACCAGAAGCUAAUGUUUAUACUUGGUAUUAUCUUAGAUUUUGGAAGAUGUUGGCGAGUUUCUUCUUUCAUCCUGUUUUAAUGGUUAUAACACUUGUGUGUUCAGCUAUGGAGCAUGUGGAAGUGGUAAAAGUUUCAUUAUGUAUGGCUCUGAUAAAGUUCAAGGCCUUACUCCUUGGAUUUGCCAAAGUCUCUUCAAAAGAGCCUCAGAUUAUAAAGAUGACACUUCAUUUAGGGCAGAAGUAAGGUAUGCGUUUAAACAAAAAACUUUCAUUUAUUAACUAAAGUUGUUAAUGAUACUUUAACCCUUUAACUACCAGGAGUGAUUAACAUAUAACUUCUCCUUAUGAUAUCCAUACCUUAUCCAGCAAAUAGAUAUUGAGAAUUCUCAAACUUAUCAGGUACAGGUUGUUGUCUUGAUCUAACACCAAAUUCUAAGAACUAAGUUACAGGGAAAUGUGUAGCAGCUAGAGGGGAGAAUUAACAAUCAGAUCUUGGGAGUUACAGGGUUAAAUUAUUACUUUGAAGGUUCAUGAAUUUGACACAGUAUGCAAUGGUCAGUUUCUUCAUUUAUGAAUUAGCAAGUUAUCAGUUUUGCCUCUAGUUUUUCUGAAACUUACACUAAAACUAUCUUUUCAGUUUUCUUGAAAUACACAAAGAAUUUGUGAAGGAUUUGUUGGGGAGAAGAAGAAACUGGCAAGACUCUUUAAGAGGUAUGCAGAACUAACAAAUUCACAUCUUGGUUUAACAAAAGUGAUUCUAAGCAAAUCUGUUAUACCUGAAGAGGAAUACUUUCCCAAAUGGAUUCUAUCAAGGAAGUUGAAUUUAAAAACAUGAGAAGAAAGUGCAGCUUGAUAAAGAUUCAAACCCUCUGUCAACAUGUGUAAUGGUGCUACCUGAGUAGAAGGGGACACUGUCUUGUAUGUAUUUUGAUACAUAAAAAAUACAUACAAGACAUUUAAAAAUGAAUUAUUUAAUGCAUUUUGCACUGAUAUUUUAUUUCCAAUGUUUUUGUUCUUGUGCUUACCUGGAGUACCCUAAAACAAAUUACUUCAAAAUAUAUUAAUAGUUUAAAAAGUAAUACAAAAAAAUAAAAUGCUAAUGAAAAACAGUUUGUGGCUGGUGUGUUGAUGUGUUUCAUUGCAGGUAAAAGUUUCUUGAAAAUUCCAAAAGGUAUCACAUAAGCUUCUUGUUGGAAAUAAAACCCAGUGUUAUACAAACCACAAACUAUUUUUCAUAAGUUGUCAGAUUUUGUUUGAUAUAUUUUUAGAACUGCUUUUCCUGUUCCUAUGAGUUUCUGCAUUUGCGUAUUAAGUCUCUCUAAAUUGCUUUUGCAGUGCGAGAACACCGUGAACUGGGAGUUUAUGUUGACAAGUUGACUAAACACAUAGUCACAGAUGUUAGUGAAGCAUUGGGUUUAAUUGAUAAAGGAAAGAAAAACAGGUGAGGCAAUAUUAGUAAGCAAUUUUUUUUAUAUUAUAUCAUGCACGUGAUCUUAGUGUGUUAUUUCCUGAAAUGUGGCGUUCCCAUCUGUGGAAAGCUACAAAGUUCCCAAUCAACUAUUAAACAUGGAUCAGUGUAUUAAUACAGUUUGUCUUACAAGUGUAUGUUAGAAAAAAAGGGGCAAUUUAUUAUGGUGGGUUGAUUUACGUGUAAAAGAUUAGAAUGUGCUUCAACUCAUCAAACUUUUGAACAAUGUUGUUAUUUACAAAUAAUGAUAUUAGCUCCAGGAGCAAUGAUCAACAUACUAGAUUGUUCCAAGGAUGAUUUUAAUAUCUUUUGAUAUGCGAUCAAGUUCACUUGAAGUCAUGAAAUUGUUUUUAACAAAAUUAACUGUUUUAUCUCAUCUGAAAAAAAAAAAAAAGCAUCUCUAAUUUUAUUUGUUGAUACUAACUAACCAACCAUGUGAAUGACUAUACUGCUGGUCUUCAUCUGGAUAGAGAACGAAUACCAAAGCAAUAUUAGGUUAAGGGCAAACUCAAGGACUGAUAAAGGAACUUCAUUGCAAUACUUUCAGGCAUUUUGAGCAUCACGGAAAAUCACCUUAGAUACCAAAUAACAUCUUAAUCAUGAUAAUUUCUGCCUUAGAAGACAAACAGCGAAGACAUGAUAUUAAAUCAGGCAGUAAGAAAGAAAGCAAAGAUUAACACAAAUUUUUAAUGACAAAUAUACAGUUUAAAUAAUGGUCUUCUCCAAAUUCUCAAAAUGACCAACUUGUGACAUUAUUCUUUUGAUAUUUUAUAAUUUUUUGUUUUUGCUCUUUACAGGUCAAUAUGUUCAAGGUCUUCUAACUCCUUUGCUAGUGGUUCUCAUACAAUUUUCACCUUAAGGUUUACGCAGGUAAUAAAUUUUAGAUUAGAUGCUAUUGGUUAUAGGCAUCAUUCUUAUCCAUAUUGCCAGAAAGGUAGUUUCAAUCACUGUUGUGAAUUUCCCUAGCUUUAAAAUGGUAAUUUUCAGUCAUUGCAAGGACAAAAACAUGAACCACACACUGGAUGACAAACAGAAUAAAUUUUAUCCUGUUCCUCAUCCAGAAGUUGGGCUAAAUAGUCAGAAACUAUUUUUGCUAUUAAUAUGACUUUAAGAAUUGGGUCCAAUUUUUGUUCUUGCCAUCAGAAUGACGCAAGAAUUAGGUCCAAUUUUUUGUACAUUUCAAAACUUUUUUGUAUAUGUAAUCAUACAUUUUAGGCUCGUUUAGAAGAUGGCUUGCCCUGUGAAAUGGUCAGUGUCAUUCAACUUGUUGAUUUAGCUGGCAGUAAGAGCAUACAUGAUGAGGUAAGAUCUUUACUCUUUUAAAGUGUCACUUUGUACGAUAUUUUAUGCAAUAAUUUGAUGUCCAUUUUCCCUCACUGUUUGUUGAAUUGUGUAAUUGUGACCAUCCAAAAGUUGUGUGAACAAUGAAAGAGGAGUAAUUUAACACACAGGCUUAAUUUUUAUCUUUUGUAGAUUAGGCCAAUCCUAAAACCAGAGCUGUAGUUAGUAACUUUUGAUUGCAAAGUUUAUUUAAAAAAAAAAGACAAAACAAAUAAAUUGAUGCAAAUUAACUUUGAGAUACCAGUGCCCAUGUCCUCCUGGAUUAACGGAGUUAUCAUAUUUCCCAUGUCUUGGCAUGGAAAUCUCCUCUUCACAGAUUCUGUGGCAGUUUUAGCCCUAUAAAGCUGUAGAGAAGGCAAUAAUCAGGUUGUGUGAGAUAACCAUAAUCAUAACCUUACAAUAGAUACAAAAAAAAAAAUUGAAAACUUGUGCACUGGAACUUUUUACUGCUCACUAAACAUUGCAUGGAUCAAUUAGAACUAUCAAAUUUUUUAAUCACUGCAUGUUAUUGUAACUGUCAUUGUUGGGGUACUGAUUUGAUGCUUGUCAGCACAUCUAGAUUUAGUAUUACUUGCCUGCUAAUAUAAAUUUUUCUUGUCUUUCACAGUGCACUGAUAACUGCUCUACUGCUGCUGAUGUUGACAAGUCUCUAAUGACCCUGGAAAGAGUGAUGUCAUCAUUAGCAUGCCCAGACUCAGAGUCUUCUAACAGUGCUACUGUCCCGUACAAGGAUUCAGUGAGUACAUGAGUUUGCACGAAGCAAGCUUUUGCACACAUAAAAGGCUGUCUUUGUUUUAAACCUUUGCCAACUAGCUGGGGCUAUUGUCUUUUUGGAAAAUUCUCUCACGAUCCUUCCCUCCAUCCAGAAGAAAAAAACAACUUAAGAGCCAGCUGGAAGGGUCAAGUCGUAAUCCCUCUUUCUGAAGCAUGAAGCAACAAAGAAGUUUUUCAACCCCUCUUGAAUGGGAUGCUGGUCCUUUGGACUUCUCCCCCUCCCCCUCCUCCCUUCACAUUUUGUCAGAUAUUCCUAACCAUUCUUUGCUACCCAUGUUUACCCUGUGGGGUGGUAAAGGGCAUUGCGUGAACAAAGUGUCUUUCUCAAGUCUACCACACACGAUGACUCAACCAUGGCUUGAACAAGGGGUUUUUGAUCCAAUAUCCUGUGUGCUAAUCUUUAUGCCACAUCCGCCCAAUCAGUUAACAAAACCUUUAUAGUGGAGGAAGUAAACCUUAGAAUUUUUUUUCUGAGGCCAAAACGGAGAGGCCACAAUAACAAGGUGUUAUUAAGUUGGACUUCUGGUUCUGAUGCAAUACUGUAGACUGUGUGUUGAUUUGUCUUAGCAUAUACUGAAUUGAAUCAAAGUAAGUGAAAGGUGUUGCGGAAAUGUAGCUAAAAAAAUUUGUACUGACAGAAAUAUGCACUAAAUGAGAAGGUUCUCUGGGCCGGAGCUAAGCCACUUUAAAGAUCCCACAUUGUUUAAAGCUGGACAAGUAAACUUGUCAGCUGAGUAAUGCUUAUACCUCAGCUGUUAACUGCGUCAUUGACGUCAGUGUUUGAUAACUUGAUAUUCACUGAUACAGGCCCUGACAUGGAUUUUAAAAGACUGUUUUGGUGGAAAUUGCCAAACUGUCAUGGUAGCAGCCGUGUCUCCAGCAGCUUCGUCCCAUAAUGAGACUCUUAAUACCUUGCGAUUUGCCAACCAGGCCAAGAAUAUCAUGAACGUACCAAAAGUGAACGAGGUGAGAAUUUUAUUUUCUAAUUUGCAAUAGUACAUUCAUAUGAAUAGUGUUUAAACGGAAGACCACGCUUUCUUCCGGUUUCCUGGCGCGGUUUUACCCUCACGGGUAGAGGAGACACGAGGAAAGUUUACAAAGCGCGAACUUAAGGGGAUUGAUUUUGGCAUUUUCCCUGGAGAGGAUCUCCCCAUUCAUUCAUACCAAGCAUCUGAAUAUUCGUUCGUCUAUAUGUACCCUUUCCUCGAAGAACCCAGUAAUUAUUUUUUUGUUAUUUAUUCAUUCGUCUGUUCAUCCGUUCUUCAACCUUUUCGAGAACUUCUCAUCAUCUGUAAGCCACAUUAAGUAAUACGCUUUUCUGUGCCUUUACUCAUUUACCUCACGAGUUUGCGCGUCCGCGCGCGUCGUCUUCCUUGCUUAACCUUAACCUUCAGAUCCAAAAUUCGGAUACUGGUCACAGCUUUUAGGCGAAGACACAAUAUUAAACUUUAAGUGGAACAAUUCCUCUUGAGAUUGGCCCCCAACAAAAAUAAUUCAGAAAACAUUUAAAUUUCUGGAAAUCGACCUCUUUUUUAAGUUGCUCCCUUUUAGUACACUGGAAGCGAUGGUCAAUCACGCUCCCAGGUCUUCUCUCUUUUUUUUAGUCACACAGUUGUCACCAAUAAGCCGGUACACAGUUUGUUGGUACGCUGCAUGAUAUAAAAAGAGCAUUUCACAAUUCUUAGUGCCUUUGGUGGCAAAUUGUUACCGGCUUUUUUCGUCUGUAUGCUGGAAAAAAAUUCUCCUCUCACUAAAUCUGGAAAUAUGUUCUUUUAUCUUGAUCAACGACGUGAAUUAUCUUUCUUUUCAACGUGCUUUUUUUUUUCCUUUUGUUGUUGUUGUUGUUGUCUUUUAAUUUCGGUUGACGUGGAGCUGUGUAGGCCGGUGUUGUAUGAUGUAAGGAAUCAGUCAUCAUUUAUCGCCGGGGGAAGGAGGGGGGGUCGGAGCAUUUUGGAGGGACCAUAUGGUUUUCAGGGGGGAUGGAUGGGGAGCAGUUGUCUCUAACAGAUUGUAAAGGGGGAUAUACAAAGUUGACUGCCAAUGAGGCGGGAUCAUUAAAAUACUACAGAUACUUAUAAGGGGGUAUCAGGUUCAUUUUAUUGUGACAUGACCUACAACCCCCCUCCCCCUCCUCCCCCUCAUGUUAAAUGAUGCCUAAAGAUUACAAAAUGGUCCCCAAAGGUUAUUACGAACGUCAGAAAUGGCCAAAGAAUUACUGAAUACCAAUUCUCCGUUAGUAAAACGUUCUGUAUUUUCCGUUGGGUUUUACGUGAAGGGGUAUACUGCCGAAAUGGUAUUUUCGGCCUAAGUUCCUUUUACGAAAUUUUGAUUGUUUGUGUUUUCAGGAUGCGAAUGUUAAAUUGAUCAAAGAACUCCAGUUCGAAAUACAGACUCUGAAGACAAGGUUGAAGGUAGGUCGUCAUUAGACUCACACAAUGAUAAAAUGAUUACAGAUUCACAUCCAGUAUUAGUGGGAAUGUUACUGUAAUUGUAUCGAUGUUUUUCCAAAUUUGAUAAUGGUUUAGAUUCAGAAUUGUUUUUGACCUAAACGGAAUUCUUUCAUAGCUUUAUUAAUGUAAUUUUUUUAGCAUAAUACGCUGGGAAACCCUUUUACUGUCGAAUAUUUUCAAUCAAAAAUAAAGAUUUGCUAUUAUUUGUAUGGUAAUAAGCUGUAUUCGAUUUCUUGGCGGUAAUUAUGUAGCGCUAAAAGCGUGUUAUGUUCAUAAAAAAUGAAAUACUAUUGUUGUUCCGGGGCCAAAAUGUUUAAAAUUUUGACAAAUUUUUUUAAUGAAAUUAAUCAAACUUUACGCCCUCGCUGAGGACAAACUUUGGUUCUAUUGUAAAAUUUGCAAAUCAAAAAUUAUUGACUGAGGAGCGGUUUGAAUCGGUUUGUUACGGGAGAACAUGCUGUUACCAAUGGUCUUUCUUGACGGGUUCAAUGCAAUAGUUUCCUGUUGAGGCUCAACAGUUGAGGUCGAAUGGAAGAAAGCUUUCAAAGAUUUUCGUUGAUAAUUCAAGAACAGUAGUUGACUGCGGAAUCAAAUUGGCCCUACUCUUUUGUCGAACCAAAUACGCAGGAACUGUUUUGAACAAGGCUGAACAAUAGAAGGAAAGAGUUAUUUUUCAUCCAGUCCCGCGGAGGCGUAACAACAGAAGAGCGAUCAAUUGCGCUCUCGCUGUAUUUUUUAAAACUACACCGGUUCUCACAGCGUUCUUUUCAUCUUUAUCUGUUGGUGAAUUUUUUUUGUCCGUUUUGCGUUGAAACGAUCGAUUAGGUUGUCCUAUACGAAAGACAAUUUUGUAACCAGCUGCUUGACAAGAGGGCAGGUGGUCUGUCGAUAAGGUUACGGCUUAUUUUUCAUCAUUUCAACAAAACCACCGCAACACGACAUAUUUACUGUCGCGAGCGCAUUGCUUUGAAAAAGUUCUGAAACUCUGGAAUCCCAAGCGAAACUAUCGACCAUGCGAGGCAGCGAGGCAAGAGGCAAGGUGAAAUCCUUCGUCGCGAACUGCUUUUAUCGAAUGUACACUCCGAUGGAAAAGGUAAAGUAAUUAGUACAGAUGCUCUUUCCCGUCGAUUCUGUCGCAGUUCGGUUUAUUAGAGAGCUUGUAGACUCACAAGGACGCUUAGAAAAUUUCAUGUUUCUUCUUUUCAAAGACUCUCGUUCUCCCUCUUUUUGACUGUCGCAAAACGAAUAGAAUAGUUUUUUUGAAUAUUGUUUUGACCUAACUGUACAAUUUAGUUUGUUUACCAUUUUGCCCAAUGCCGGUUCCACUUAAACUCAGCUCUAUAGCAAGUAAACAAUCUUUGGCGGUCGUGCAGUGGAAGGCAAUGACUCUCUAUGAUAUGUAGUUUUGUUUUUUUCUUCUGUUGUUGUCGACUCUCGGACGUGUUGGCGGAAAAAUUGAGUCCAUUGGUUGGUCACGUGGUUCAUUUUACCGCAUUGUCAUUUCUGCUUACCUCAUUUUCAAGACAUGUUUCAAAUAUAUAAAGAAGGCGCUAGCGGUUGGUUCCCUCAUUUAGCCUUGUAGGAACCAAACCACAUCGUUUACCGCCCAUUAAUAUUAAAAGGGGCGAAAUCGACCGCUUUAGUCAAAUUUUGGCCAGAAGAAUGAGGAUUGUUCGUAUUUUAGCAAAUGCAGUAUUUCAGCAGGUGGAGCUGUAAAAUACGUUUUCCCUUUUUUUUUUUUUUUAGUGUAGAUCGAAAAAGUAAUCUUUGUUCGCGAAGUGUAAUAUCUCUCUCAUAGGUUGAAGGAAAUAACUGUUCUUAUGGACCUGAUGUUGAAUGUCUUUUUGCGUUUCAGAGUGGCAAUGUACCCAGUUCUUUGGGGGUUGAUAAGGCCGAGAAAAAACUGCAAGAAAAUGAAGAUCUCAUGAAGCGACUGACGGGGAUUUGGGAGGACAAGUGGAGUAAGACUCAAAAACUCAUUGAGGUGAACACUUCGUAGUCGAUGUGCUCAAGAUGUUUCCACAUUAUUUUCUUUUGUGCUGACAUCAGUGGUUAACCAUUUAGUCGCUCUUUAAGUCGCUUUUUUUGCGCUCAUUCAUAUAUAUUUUAAAUGCUUUGAAACCGUUAAAUAGCGCGAUAGCGGAAUGUAAUUGGUAAACAGAGUAAGACUUGUCGAGCACUUGAGGUUCGUAAGGCGAUGAAGUUCAAAGAAUCAGCUGGCAGGUACCGUAACUUUUCUAUCAGUCUCAUUAACUGAAGAAAAAAAAGUGGAAAAUUAUUCGACUUUGUAGAAAUUAUCUUCUUAAAUGGGCCGUAUUUGUUGUUUCUUCUUGUUUCUUUUCCAAGCAGAAAAUUUUUAUCGAAGUAAACGUAGCCUGUUCCUUAGGCUGUGAAUUUUGCAUUUCAUUUUAGCAGGGGAAAGGUAGAGAAAAAAUCUAUGCUAUAAAUUGUGAUUUUCAUUUGGUAUUAGUGCUUUUUCUCAGUGUAUGUAUUUUCUUGAAGAAAUAUUUAGAACAUUUUAUUGUUCAGAGUAGAAAGUUUGUUCUUUUGGCGUUCUCGAAGUCAAGUUGCGCAAUCGCGGCAACUGACAUCAUUGCCUUCUUUUCAACGAGUGAUGAAGCUAUCUAUGUCCUCUUUUUUAGCAACUUGGCUUUUUAGCACCGUCGCCUCGCUUCCUACUAUGCAAAAAAAAUUUCCGGGUUGUCACAAGUGUGAUCAUUACUUCGAUCUUUGACCAUAAGUAAUUCAACCCUUCGCAAAAAUUUUCAGUCCAUUAAUUAGAGAUAGCGCUCUUACGGUACUUUCAUGGACGUUGCUUUUAAGCGGUUUGAAUUACACUUUUGAAUCGUUGGAUCAAAGACGAAUACCGUUUCAUUCUCAGUUCCAGUUCGUUUUGCUUGAUGUUUGCGGUCCAUCUGUUUUAAAACUUGGAAAUUCUCACGUUGCUCACUGAGUUCAGAUGCAUCAUUACUAUAUUUCCUGAAACGUCAAAGCCUAAAAAGGAAAAGCGACUGGUUUUGGAGGCCCCCGAUGGUUUAACUUACCUUUAAACCGCUAAGUAGCUUUUAGACUACGCAACAACCUUUCACCCUAAUGGUCUUUCAUUGAUGUAUUGGUUACCGUUUCUAAAAAUAUUUUCCUUACCACAUCGGAAUAUAUUUAUUGUUUAGAGAUCCUCAGCCGUCAUUUUCGGGCGGUGUUUUUGUACUUCUUUCAACUGAAACCAAUUUUGCUCUGGUUAGAUCGGUACUUAGCUCGAAUUGGACCGAAGAGAAGAGUGGAAGAUUUUGUCAAACAUGCAAUUAUUCGUCAUUAAGAGAUCGCAGAUGUUCUCGUUAUUACUUAGAGGUAAAAAAACUGGCAAAUACUCUUUACCUUUGCUCGUAAUAUAAAUUCGAAAUGAGAUAAAAGCAAUAUUCAAGGGUCGAAUUUUUUUACGAAUGAUGAUUAUGUGGGAUUAAAGCUCAGAAAAAGAUUUUUUAAUCUCUGUUUGGACUUUUGUUUAACAACGUGAGGAGAGAUCCGAAAUUGCCAAAAAACCACUUUUGAGUUCUUGCCUUGAUUAUGAGUCAUUAAUCCAAGUGAUAAGUUCCCUUGAACCGGCUAAUUUACUUGUCAAAUUUUUCGCCUUAAAGAUGCUUCUGGUCUGAAUUUUAAUACAGUUUUGACUAAGUUUUAUUUUUUUAUUUAUUUGCCAACCAAACAUCUCGCGCUGUCUAAUCUGCCUAUGGCUUUUAUUUAAAUGAUUUUCCCACUCCUUAGAGAGGAUUUAUCAUAUUACUUUGUUUCAGAUCUCUUUUUAUUACCCGCUAUGCAAGCAUACUUUAUAAUAAUAUGACGCUUCUAGUGAUAGAAAGAGCAAUCUCGAUAUUGCAAGAUCAGUCAACUUUUUCACCUGCUUUGUCAAAUGCGACGAACUGAAAUUGGUAGAGUUAAAACAGUCUCGAACUAUGUGUUGUAGGGCAAAGAAAUGUGCAAAUCCAGCACGGAAAAGAAAGACUUAAUCUUGAGAAUGAAGGGCCAAGGGUUUUGUUUUUUGCCAAACCUUAAACAAGCCUUUCAUGGACGGAUUAAAUAAUUUUACGUGGGUAAAAAUUGGAUAAGUUAUUUUCUAUCACCUGGGGGGAGGGGUAGAGGACUUUUUUUUGGGGGGGGAUUACAUGGUUUUCCAGGGGGAACGAUGCGGAUCAAAAGUCGCCGAUAGAUCGCUGGGGACUGAAGGGAAUUGAGUAAAUUCGAUCUGGUGAGCUAUCGAUAGAUACCGGACCUUCAGCCGUCUUAAUGUGUUAUAGACAGCAUGAUCCAAAAGUCGAUUUUUUAAGACUAAACGAAACGAUAAAUAGCGAUAAUGCUGUGUGCUUAUUCACAAAGUGAUGGCCACAGAAUGUCCGCCCAGCGAUAGAUAGAGUUGUCUUUCGUAGUCAAUGAGAUUUGGCGUCCUCUCAGCAGGCGCUAGUGCGUUAUGCUAAUUGCUGAAAGCAUUAUUCUAUAUUUUCAGCGUUUUUUAUCUAAAUUUAAUUUUAGAGAACCACUUUAUCAGAGCAAGAAAUCAGACAUAUUAGAGAUUAUUUCUCAUUCUUAUUUGGAAAGAACAAUGACAAAAAUCUCAUUUCCCAUGUUUGCGCGUUUACAUAAGAUCGAAUUGGAGAUAAAUUUCGCAUACGAAUUAGAUUAGUGUUCUAUUUGAUGUUCAAAUCCCUAUUGGCGUGCGGCGCCUUUCACCACGAUUAUCUUUUGACGCCAGUAAUUUUAAACCCUGCAGUACAAACGUGCCAGGUCUUUCCUGUGUUCCUUGCAAACAUUCCUUGUUACGGUAAACAUCUAUUGUUAUCAAUUGGAAUUAUUGUACGACAAUCACCCUAUUUUCUAGUAAAUAUACUCGACAAGAUAAAUGCGAAUUCAAAAUUUUGUCUGAGUGAGUGACAGAAACACUUUAUAAAAAGACAUCGGCGUCAUCUUUUCGUGAAGGAAAUUAACUUUUGAGUUUGUUUGGCCAUUUUUCGGAACAAACAAUACUUCACGUUGCACGCAAUUUUCGUCAGUUGAAAUUUCCGUGUAUGGUUAUUUCUCAAAAUUUCCCAGCUCGUCGUGAUUUCGUUCUUUUUAAGGAAAUUUCUUCAGUUUUUUUUUUUGCAGUUGUCAGUCUAGCACUUCAGUGUUUGUCUACCAGAUUCCCGUGAAAUUUAGGUGGCUUUUCCUUCAAUUGUGAAUGUGAAAAUACGACUAAAUUUGUGGUUGUCAGGUUGGAGAUGAGAUUGGAGCUCAAAUUUUGUGGUAGCGCAGAUGAGGUAAAAUAUUUUGUGAGCAAGCACUACCAAUCCAUUUAUUUUUUUAGCGCAUUCACUGUACUACUUCAUAUUGUUCUGCUAGAGUACUGCACCAAUUGUCGUAACCAUUGUACUUCUUUACAUGGCUUAAAUCCACAAUGACUCUACUUCCCUGUUGGCAGAACAUCGCCGCCGAAUGUGAUGCUGUGAUUCUGAUCGUGUUACAUCUUUCUUGAUCACAGUACAUGACCAAGUGAUUUGACUUCGUUUUUUAGGCUCUGAAAGGCACUUACAAAAUUUCGACCUUCUGCACGUAAGGUUUCGAUUAGAACGUAACUGGGACUCAUUUCAUUUUGGCAUAUGAAAGCAUCUUUGCCCGCGAGAGGAAUGCGUUUAUUUACUUUGCAUCUCUCUCCUUGGGAAACCUAAUAACAAAAUGAUGGCUGAUUUUAAAGCUAACCUCGCAAGCUAGGAUAAUUGAUGUGAUUCACACCUUAACUUCUUUUCAAGACAGGGAGUAUGUUAUGAACCUCUUAGGUGACUCAGCUCAACAACGUCAUCUCUGUAACAAAGUUGAUUGAGGAUACGGUUGCCAAAUCGGAAGGUUAGAGGGUUCGAAAUCACUCAGGGGACUCAGAAUUUUUUUCUUUAUUCUUCGGUCGUCGCAAAUGUUUCAACAUCGUUCUGUAGUUUCUCGUCUUUGUUGGUCUUAUUUUUGGUGUUCAUCAAUCUUUGUCUCUCUUUUAAAGGAGCGCGCCCUUGCUGUCACUGAGCUUGGCUCUGCGCUGAAGUUUGAGACAGAUGAGCCUCACUUUGUGAGUCUUGGCGGAGGGCGGCUCAGUAUUGGCGUGACGCUGUGUCCAAUCAAAAGAGGUAGGCUGUUAGAAUUGGCUUUACAUUUUAUUUACGUGUAGCGAACCAUUCAGGAAGAGGAAAACAAUUUGGAUCAUGUUUGAAUAUGGAAGGAUAGAAGUAUUGUUCCUUUAGUAAGAGCUGUAAGUUUAUUGAAUUUUUUGCCGUCAUUUCUUCCAUAGGAAAAACAGUUAUCGGUGUUGCAACAGAGACAUGCAAACCCGACAUUCAACUAAGAGGAAAAGGAAUAGAACCGUGAGUUUAAAAGACGUCUUUAUCAUGUUUGAGCAAUUUCAAGUGUGGAUAAUUUUGUCACAGCAUAUCCUUGAGGAAUUUUAAGGCUAACUUCUCAGUAUCGUAUGCAUAUUUAGAACGGGAAAGUAGUUUGAUUGUUAAAUUAAAAAAUUAACCAACCACCACCAAACGUGAAAUCGUAAACAAGGCCAUGAAACAAAAGCAAAUGCACGUGAUUUCUACAGAGCGCGGGAAAACCAACCCGUGUGGCUAAGUUUCGAAUGGAUCUGGUUCCCACUUGAUUGGUUGAACUAGGUGACGCGAGUUUCUUUUCUAGCAAUCACAAAGCGUGUUAAAAUCAAAUCAAAAUAGUGCGAUUUCAGGAUUAUUUUCAACAUGUAGUUGUGUUUCAUUAACAGAGAGCACUGCACAGUGGAAUAUAAUGGGGAUGCUGUGGUUCUUUAUCCAAAAGCAAAUCUAUGUUCUGUGGAUGGAAUCCCCAUCUCAGAGCCAACGAGACUACCACAAGGUAACAAUUAUCGUGUGUUGUCAUAUCCCACCUUAAUGUGGUUAGGUUUAAAACGAGGUAAUUAUUAGCUGGAUAUACAAUAACUUUUCGUAGGAAAAAAUUUUACCGUCCAAUCCUUGUUCGUUCGAGGGCAGGUUUUUCCCAUACCUGCAAGUGAGGCUUUUCAUACGCAUGUAUGAACGUAGUUUAAUGAGUUAAUUGGUCUUUUAAUCCUAGAGGAGAACGAUUUUUAAUUUCUCUUCGAAAAGUUAGCCUAACAUUUCAAGCAGAUGAUGAGGAUACGAAUCUAACACUUACAAGCUACUUCCUUUAAUUCAUGUAAAGUAUCAACAGGGCAAAUGUUUAACAGCUAAUUGGCAGAAGUGAAGAGUAGGCAGAUCUUGGAAGUUGAAGCGUUGACGCGACAAACUUCAUCCAGGAAAAUGUGGUCGGAUGAAGGGGUUGUUAGUACAGAAGUGACUACGCUUUUAAAUCGAUUGAUUGCCAGCAUAAUUCAUAAAAAUGACAUUUAGCAGGACGAUCGUAUGGCGAGGUUCCACUUUAGUUAAGUGUUAACAAGACAAAAGAAAAUAACCCGAGGGCCAAGCGAGAAAUCAGUAUAAACAAGAAAAAUUUCCUUAGGCGCUUGGAAACACGAGUGACGCAUGACCAAGUCAUGGCGAGUUAGUUUGUUGUGCAUCUGAUUGGGUAAAGUAUGACAGGAAAUCUAAAACCAUCACAGAGGGAAGUGAAAGAAAACCAACACCAUACCGUAUCACUUUCGACACACAUUUGAAAGUUGCUUCAUCUAGAAUUCCUUUUUCUCGGCUCGUUCUUUGUUACACUUCACAAUGCUCUUAUCCGGGAACUUACCUUUGACACGAUUGGUCGUCGCCCUCCCUACCCCAACCGGUAGCCCGAGUCGGGUCAUAUAAAGUCACAAGACGGUCAAAUGCACUUGUUAUUUCUGCUCUCCUGCAAGUCUGCCAGAUCACGGUGAGAAUUUGAAACAAAGCAAGGAGUUUCUGCGUCAACAUGCUGCUUUGUUUUACAUCUUUAAACUCACUUGAGCAGUAAGUUAUUCUCCAAAUUAAUAUUCCUUAGUUUAAAUUAUUUUUCUGCACGCGCCAAUUGUUCAUACCUUGGUAGUUUAUUUGUUUAAAUUUUAAAUCUAUUUUCUUGCGCGCUUAAAUUUAUCGGUCAGGGAAGGAUCAGGAUGAAACAAAAUUAGCAUGUGUUAUUUCUAGUUUCUUUAACGCGAACGACGUCGUGACUUGAAUUAUCUUUAGAAACCGCAAUUAUUGCAUUUAUGCGUUUUUCUGAUUUGAAGAAAUUGUUCUUCAUUGUUAAUUUUACUGCUCUGGACUUCAUCCAUUGUAGUUUUGAUAAAUUGACGGAGAGUUUCAUUAGAGACUCGUAAGAUUAGAAAAUGAAACUUAUGCCUCCAAACAAACCACGUUUGACGCAGUAGGUAUUAGUGCAAAAACUAUUGUUACCAACUAAACAUUAUGUCCUUAUAAAUUACCGUCGAGGCAUAAAAAUCCUCUGUUUAAAUGUUGAUUUAAAUGAUUAAAAUUUUAACUCACACUUUUGUCACUGAGACUUCUGCUUGUAUAGGUGAUGUUUAGUUUUCAGUUGUAUAUCAUUUUCUCGGUUGGCACUUUGCAAGUCAAUUUUAUAAGUGUGAUGUACAUUUUGUACAUGAACGUUCCGAUGUAAUUUUGACUAGGAUGUAUCCAUUCUUGGAACAACAUUUAGGCAUAAUGUUGUUUAAUGAACCGUUCUCAGAGAAUCCAGAGGGAUAAUGAGCGCCUGUUUCCUCAAUAUCGUUGUAUCCGGCCAUGAUGUUACAUAUUCAUAUCGUUUGGCUAUAUUUAAAUCUAAACGGAUGGUAUUCUCGCUGAUAUUUAUUCAUCGUUACUUGCUUGAAAGUAAAACAUUUUUAUUUUGCCUGCACAUACAAAAUACAUCUUUGAAACGUCCUUGAAAUUGAACUUUGUACAAAAGCAAAGUACGAGCUGUGAGCUUUUACUAUACUCUUCAAAGCGUUUAUUUGCGUUUUUUUUUGUUUGUUUAUUUUCUUUUACUAGUAGAGAGUGAAUUUUCUGAUUUAACUUCUUCGCAUGAUCACAAGGAGUCGAAAGAUCAUUUUAGACCGUUUAGAGAAGGGUCUUUGCAGUUUUUGGUUUUGAACGUCAACCUGCCACAUUGGUUUUUCCUCUUGUCUUAUAAUCGUAGUUUCGAAUGCGUUGUUGAGCAUUCGUUUCCAUUAUGCAAAUGGUUUCCGAACUCGCCCGUUGCGUGAUUAUAAUCAUCUCCAUCGCGUGUUCAUAUGUAACGCUUUGUCGCGUGUGUCACGCCACAUAACACUUCGUGACCGAUUGUAUUGUCUUAUAGGUUGUAUGAUCUGCCUGGGAAAGUCUAAUUACUUUCGCUUCAACCAUCCCAGAGAAGCUAAGAGGAUCAAGGAAUCCAACCCUGGAAAUCGAUUCUCUAUCGUUCCGGAUCAGUAUUAUCCUGGUAAGUAAGGACGAAGAAAAUUUAAGUAAAUUUAUUUGUCAGUCAUUUGACACUUCACACCCGUGGAUCAUGAGAGCUUACUUGCUAGGGGUUUUUUGACGUGGCAGUUCUCCUUUUGACGAAUACUCGCGAGAGGACAGCUCUACUUACAGUUUCGCUGUACUUUGUCAAAACCUCCCACAAAAUCUGUAUUUACACGUUUCGUUUACAUGGCGUACUGGUGAGAGCACCAGAUUUGAUCCCCGAUCCUGACGUUUGUCGUUAGUUCUCGUCCUUGCUUCUGUAGUUUAUCGCCAGUUUCUCGGGUUUACUGUUCCCCACUUAUACCAAAGCUUCAAAUUUCAGUUCCACUUUGUAAAAUUUAAAAAGAUCGAGAAAAAAAUGUUUUUUGUUCACUUUAUUUCAACCCGUAUGAAACAUCCCUGGAGCUCAACUCCAAGGCAUUUUUCGAAAUUAUUUAGUCUAGAUGAUAAUGCUUCUUUAAUUUCCGUUUUCUUCCUGUUUAAACAGAUGUUGAACUUGCCAUUGAGCAAUACAAGAGAGAUAAGAAAGAGAGAGACAGACUCGAGAAGGAGAACGAACGUUUGUUGUCUCUGGAAAACGAGUACAAGGAGGCUGUGGAACGAAUCGAGUUUGAAAAAUCCCAACUUGAAGAAGAACGGCAAAAGCUUCAAGAAAUGGAACAGCAGCACAAAGAAGCUGUUGAUAGCUUCGAAGACGAAAUAGCUGUGCAAAUUAAAGAACUAGAGAGACAGCGAGAGGAGCUACAGCAUUUUGAAGAGGAGAAAGAAAAACUUGCCAUGCUACAAGAAAAGUAUGAAGAGAACGUCAAGAAGCAAGAGCUCGAACGGGCAAACAAGGAAAAGAAACGGCAGCAAGAGUACGAACGAUUGAAGACGAUGAAAGCAAAGUUAGAAGGAGAAGAAGGAACGGAGAAAGAGAGAGUCGCUAUUGAAGAAUUGAGGCAACAACUUGCGCUUCAAGAGUUGAACAGUUUGGAAGAGGAGCUGCAAACUUACGAGAGGCAGCAGCUUGAUAGUGAACUGAUAGAGGAAGAAAGGAAAAAACUAGACGAGAUGAAGGAACGACAAUCUGUGGUUAUAAAACAGUUGGAAGAAGAACUGAAUGCCCAAAUCAAGAUGUUGAAAGAAGAAAGAGAAAAGGAGAAUAAUAAGAUAGAACAGGAAAAGCAGAGAAUUCAGUUGUUGGAGAAACAACAGCAAGAAGUUUUGAAACAGAUUGAGCUCGAACGACAACGGCUUGACCAAGAACGUGAGGAAGAGAGGAGAAGACUUCAACAGGAACGCGAGCGAUUGGACAAAUUAGAAGAGGAACGAAUGGAAUUGUUGGAAAAUGCCGCUCGGGAGCAAGAACAAGAGAAACAAAUGAUCGAAUCUGAGAAAAAGCGACUCGUAGAGCUAGAGGAAAAGCACGCACAGGCCAUGAAGGAAAUCGAAGACGCUAUGAUUUCCAAACAGGAUAAAAUGGAACGCGAACGGCAAAUUGAGUUCGAGUUUUUCGAAACUGAGCAACUUUUGUUGGAAGAGUUGGAGCAAAAACAGCGCGAAGCCGCCGAACAGCUGGACCGAGAGCGAGAGAUAAUUCGACAGCAAUUCGAGAAGGAAAGAGAGGAAGAAAGAAAACAGGUUGAAGGUGAACAGAGGCGCCUUCAAGAAUUACAAAUACAACAGCAGGAGACACUGCGGCAAGCUGAAGAAGAAAGGCGACGGCUCCAAGCGGAGCUCAAGAGUCAGCGAGAAUUAAUGCAGAAAGAAAAGUCACGGUUGGUGAAUCUGGAGAAAGAAUACAAGAAGAUCAGAUGCAAUGGCUCUGAAGCGCCUCUGGUUCUUUCUGCGUUAAACAUGCGAGAUAUAUCGCAGCUUGGAAAAGGUUGCUCGCUUGAGGAGAGGAAACAACGCCUGGAGGAAGAGAAAAGACGACUAAUUGAGUUGAAGAAAGAAGCGGAAAACUUGCACGCCAAACAGCAAGAGAGCGGUGAUAGCGGAAGCAGUGGGGACGAAAGAGCUAAAAACCAAACGGCCAAAAAGCUUCAACGCGAAAAGGAACGAAGGGUUCAACUCGAGAAACAAUUAGCUGAACUGCAGCAGAAAAACAACAACACGGCUGUCGCAGACGAUGGUCAGAAAGUGAAAGAGCUUGAACAAGCUCUUGGAAUGGAACGCUCGAGAAGACAGGAAAUGGAAAGAAUUCUAUCGGAGAAACAAAAACAGGAAGAACUCGAAAGGGUUGCAGCAGCGGAGAGAGCUCGGAAAGAGAUGAUGACAGAGAAAGCUAUUCAAGAGAGGCUUCCUGCUAAGGUAAAAACUGAAAUGAAGUUUCUUCUUUUAAACACCUGAGUGUUGUAAAGCAAGAAUUUCCCAACCAUCUAUGGGACGUUGGGCGGGAUAAAUGGUUGAUAACUACUUGAGACAUUAGGGCAGUUGCUUACAUUCUUCAUCGGGUGUAGAGAAAGUGAGAAAGUUAAAUUUUUUGUAAACUCGAUUAUCAGCCAUAGAAAGGUGAAACACAUUCGUCACUAUUGUGGACACAUAAGAAAUUCCAGUUCCUGGUGUGGAGCUUUUGCCGCAGUGGCGAUAAGAUGCUAUUCUAUGAGUCUGAAUAACGGUCAUUUAUUUAUAUAUAGAGGAUAUUACAUGGCGGUGUGGGGAUACGAAUUUUAUCUUCAAGUGCUGAAAGUAUCUCUCACAAGUGGGCGAGGCGAACGAGUGAGAGAUACUUUUAGCGCCAGAAGAUAAAAUUCGUUUCCCCAAGCGACCAUGUAAUGUUCUGUUAAUUUAUUUAUACUGAUGAAAUUUCAAAAGAAUCGGCCGCGCGCCUGAGCGGGAAGUUCUCUUGUAAUUGUCUAAUCAUGUUGGUAAUCAUGGCGACACCACUAUCCUCACACGUGUUAGAUAAAAUUAUGAUUUUAGUAAAAGGAAAAAUCCUGGUAUUUCAUCAGUAUCUAUAGAAUAUACUAAAUUAUACUAUAUUGAAAAGAACGAUUGUUCUCUGCCUUCCAGUUAUGGUGCAAUAAAUAUUAAUUUUUACCUUGUUUGACCUUGCUUAUCGUAUAGGUCAAAAAUGGAACAUCACACCAUGACAAUAACGACCUCAAUCUCGUCCAGUACUUGGUUUCAACAGGUCACGUGCUAGAAAACUGUCCAUCAGUGCGCGUCACAGCGCAUGCGUGCAAAGGAUACCUGUCAAAACUGGGAGGAAAAAUCAUCAAGUCAUGGAAAAAGCGCUGGUUUGUGUUAGACAGACAGAAACGUGCCCUGUGUUACUACUCCGAUGAACAUCAACGUGUGCCUAAGGGAAUCGUUUACUUCCAAGCCAUUCAAGAUGUGUACGUAGAUUUGCCCAGUUCACACAAGAGCUCGUCUACAAGGACUACUUUUUGCGUUAAGACCCCUCAAGAAACUUAUUGCGUGGCCGCGCCAAGUGGCCUGGCCAUGAGUAUUUGGAUUGACGCUAUUCUCACGGGUCGGGAGGGGGCUGACUUUUACAACUAAGGGAGCCAUCCCUUGUUUAUUAUUUCAUUUCUGUGGGGGAAAGGGAGAGGAGAGAUGUGUUUUUUGUUUUUUGUUUUUUGUUUUUUUGGUUUUGAACAAUCCGUAAUAAUUCUUUACUGUUAAGUUGGGUUCAUUUUUUUUUCAGUUUGGUUUUAAAGCAUUUUAAGGGCAGUCAGUGAGAAAGUAAUGUUGGCUGAGCUUCAGGCUUCAGCUACAAUGAUAAAUAAUCCAACCGAUUUUGCCUUUAGUAUUUCAAAUAGGCGUUAAAAAGUAUAUGGUAUCUGUUUCUGUAGACUCCACGAUAAGAUAGGUUAAAUAAACGUAUAAAAUUUAAGGGCCCAGGUAAAAGAGAUAUUCAACUUCAUUUAACUUAGCAGUAAACGAGAGCCAGGUUAUUUUUAGUAUUGUUUUAUGGUAAAAAUUAUUUUACCUCGAGUUGUGUUAUAAGUAACGGAAAUGUAUUUCUGAUUAUACGAUAUUAUUUUAUAUACAUGAAAUAUCUAGGGUCCGUAAUAUUGAGCAAUAAUUAUCAAGUUGUAAUUAGUAAUUUUGAAAACUCGAUGUUACGCACGCGUCAAGUGGAAAGAGUGAUUGGUUCAGUGUAGGACACUUCAAAGGGUUGUAUAUAGACAGAAAACCUGAGUGAAACCUGUCCUUUGCUGGCAACUAUGGUGUAUUGCAGAAAAUGACUUUAAAAAGUUUCUCGGAAGGUGACUUUUUGACGUUUGACUUUUUCAGGGCGUAUCAAUUUUUGAAGAUAAUUUUGCAGCUUGGGGCCCUGGUCCCUAGAGUUAAGAAAGGGCGAAAGAUUUUUCAGAAAUUCCGAUUAAUUUCUGCAACAAACUUUAUUGAAAGCAGCUUGAAGAAAACACACGUAAGUUGAUUAGUUUGCUCAAUAAUCUUGUCAGAAAAUAGGAGACUUUCUCGGGACAAUUGCACGACAGAUAUCAAUGAAGCUUGGCGAUUGUAUCACUUGACUUGAUUAAUCCAAUGGCGCCUUGCAGAUUGGCAGGUUUAAAAACGUUAGAAAGACCUAGCCCUUUGUUCUAACUCCCGUCUUCUUAUGCACCGCAAUUUAGACCAAUGUUCUCCGUAAUGCAAACUUAAGAUAUUUAAAAACAUCCGAGUUUCGAUAUUCCUAU